AUGGGUGCAAGUGGUCCUAGGGCUCUGGUAAAGAAUGGAAAGGUGUUUCUCAUCGCCUUGUUCGCCUGUCUUGGAGGAGUGUUGUAUGGUUACAAUCAGGGCAUGUUCAGCGGAAUCUUGGCUAUGCCAUCUUUUGGAGCACAAACUGACGGCUAUGUUGAUAAUGCAACACAAAAGGGAUGGCUAACCGCUAUCCUGGAACUCGGUGCUUGGUUUGGAGCCGUCAUGUCCGGUUUCGUUGCUGAGGCAUUUUCUCGAAAGUAUGGUAUCUUGAUCGCUACAGCAAUCUUCAUCAUCGGCGUUGUGGUGCAGAUCACUGCAAUUUCCGGUGGACAUGAGGAGAUUCUAGCUGGCCGCUUCAUCACUGGUAUCGGAGUUGGUGGUCUCUCUGUUAUCGUUCCCAUGUACAACAGCGAAUGUGCACCUCCUGAGGUUCGCGGUGCUCUUGUAGCACUACAACAACUUGCCAUCACAUUCGGCAUCAUGAUCAGCUUCUGGAUCAACUACGGAACCAAUUACAUCGGGGGCACUACAUUGGAGACUCAGUCCAACGCGGCGUGGCUGGUACCUAUCUGCCUCCAGCUCGUGCCGGCUUUUGUUCUCAUCAUCGGCAUGAUCUGGAUGCCUUUCUCCCCACGUUGGCUGAUGCACCAUGACCGCGAAGAGGAAGCUAGGAACAACCUUGCAUCCCUUCGCAACCUCCCUGUCGACCAUGAGCUUAUCGAGCUGGAGUUCCUUGAAAUCAAGGCUCAGUCCAUGUUCGAGAAGCGUAGUGUUGCUGAGGCCUUUCCCCAUCUUCGAGAGCAGACUGCAUGGAACAUCUUCAAACUUCAGUUUGUUGCCAUUGCCUCCCUUUUCAAGACUAAGGCUAUGUUCAAGAGGGUCAUCGUUGCUACUGUCACCAUGUUCUUCCAACAGUGGACCGGUAUCAAUGCGGUUCUCUACUAUGCGCCGCAAAUUUUCGAGCAGAUCGGUUUGACUGGUACCACCACGUCACUCCUUGCUACCGGAGUUGUUGGAAUAGUCAUGUUCAUCGCCACCAUUCCAGCUGUUUUGUACAUUGACAAACUGGGCCGUAAACCCGUAUUAGCCGUCGGUGCCCUUGGCAUGGCUUUCUCGCACUUCGUUAUCGCCGUUAUCCUCGCCAAGAACAUUGACAACUUUGCAAACCAUCGUGCGGCUGGAUGGGCGGCAGUAGUGAUGGUGUGGCUUUUCGUUAUCCACUUUGGAUAUUCUUGGGGACCUUGUGCUUGGAUCUUGAUCGCUGAAAUCUGGCCUCUGUCCACACGACCAUACGGUACUGCGCUUGGUGGAUCGUCCAACUGGAUGAACAACUUUAUCAUUGGACAGAUUACCCCGGAAUUACUCGAGAAUAUCACAUACGGAACAUACAUUCUCUUUGGAAUGGUUACCACAAUUGGUGCAGCAUUUAUCUGGUUCUUCGUUCCUGAGACGAAGAGAUUGACUCUCGAAGAGAUGGAUACCAUCUUUGGUAGUGAGGGCACUGCGCUCAAGGACCAGGAGAGAAUGGCUGAGAUCAACCAUGAGAUUGGUCUUGCGGCACUGUCGGGUGAUGCCUCUUCUGGGAAUGAAAACGCUGUUGUUGGGAAUGAGAAAGGUAUUGUGUAG